AUGGCGACUAAAGAAUGUCCAGCAUUAGGCCUGUCGCGCAUUCGUAAUAUAAACAAACAAGGCACUGUUCCUGAGUUGCUUGCAGACCUAAAGGAUGCCUUGCUCAAUCCGGUCCAAAAUUCAGCAGAAGUUAUUGGUUCCCUUCCAACAGGCAUGGCAGCGGCGGCAGGAGAGGUCGGCAACGGCAAAGCCCCCGCCAACGGCAAAGCCCCCGCCAACGGCAAAGCCCCCGCCAACGGCAAAGCCCCCGCCAACGGCAAAGCCCCCGCCAACGGCAAAGCCCCCGCCAACGGCAAAGCCCCCGCCAACGGCAAAGCCCCCGCCAACGGCAAAGCACCCGCCAACGGCAAAGCACCCGCCAACGGCAAAGCACCCGCCAACGGCAAAGCACCCGCCAACGGCAAAGCACCCGCCAACGGCAAAGCACCCGCCAACGGCAAAGCACCCGCCAACGGCAAAGCACCCGCCAACGGCAAAGCACCCGCCAACGGCAAAGCACCCGCCAACGGCAAAGCACCCGCCAACGGCAAAGCACCCGCCAACGGCAAAGCACCCGCCAACGGCAAAGCACCCGCCAACGGCAAAGCACCCGCCAACGGCAAAGCACCCGCCAACGGCAAAGCACCCGCCAACGGCAAAGCACCCGCCAACGGCAAAGCACCCGCCAACGGCAAAGCACCCGCCAACGGCAAAGCACCCGCCAACGGCAAAGCACCCGCCAACGGCAAAGCACCCGCCAACGGCAAAGCACCCGCCAACGGCAAAGCACCCGCCAACGGCAAAGCACCCGCCAACGGCAAAGCACCCGCCAACGGCAAAGCACCCGCCAACGGCAAAGCACCCGCCAACGGCAAAGCACCCGCCAACGGCAAAGCACCCGCCAACGGCAAAGCACCCGCCAACGGCAAAGCACCCGCCAACGGCAAAGCACCCGCCAACGGCAAAGCACCCGCCAACGGCAAAGCACCCGCCAACGGCAAAGCACCCGCCAACGGCAAAGCACCCGCCAACGGCAAAGCACCCGCCAACGGCAAAGCACCCGCCAACGGCAAAGCACCCGCCAACGGCAAAGCACCCGCCAACGGCAAAGCACCCGCCAACGGCAAAGCACCCGCCAACGGCAAAGCACCCGCCAACGGCAAAGCACCCGCCAACGGCAAAGCACCCGCCAACGGCAAAGCACCCGCCAACGGCAAAGCACCCGCCAACGGCAAAGCACCCGCCAACGGCAAAGCACCCGCCAACGGCAAAGCACCCGCCAACGGCAAAGCACCCGCCAACGGCAAAGCACCCGCCAACGGCAAAGCACCCGCCAACGGCAAAGCACCCGCCAACGGCAAAGCACCCGCCAACGGCAAAGCACCCGCCAACGGCAAAGCACCCGCCAACGGCAAAGCACCCGCCAACGGCAAAGCACCCGCCAACGGCAAAGCACCCGCCAACGGCAAAGCACCCGCCAACGGCAAAGCACCCGCCAACGGCAAAGCACCCGCCAACGGCAAAGCACCCGCCAACGGCAAAGCACCCGCCAACGGCAAAGCACCCGCCAACGGCAAAGCACCCGCCAACGGCAAAGCACCCGCCAACGGCAAAGCACCCGCCAACGGCAAAGCACCCGCCAACGGCAAAGCACCCGGCAACGGCAAAGCACCCGGCAACGGCAAAGCACCCGGCAACGGCAAAGCACCCGGCAACGGCAAAGCACCCGGCAACGGCAAAGCACCCGGCAACGGCAAAGCACCCGGCAACGGCAAAGCACCCGGCAACGGCAAAGCACCCGGCAACGGCAAAGCACCCGGCAACGGCAAAGCACCCGGCAACGGCAAAGCACCCGGCAACGGCAAAGCACCCGGCAACGGCAAAGCACCCGGCAACGGCAAAGCACCCGGCAACGGCAAAGCACCCGGCAACGGCAAAGCACCCGGCAACGGCAAAGCACCCGGCAACGGCAAAGCACCCGGCAACGGCAAAGCACCCGGCAACGGCAAAGCACCCGGCAACGGCAAAGCACCCGGCAACGGCAAAGCACCCGGCAACGGCAAAGCACCCGGCAACGGCAAAGCACCCGGCAACGGCAAAGCACCCGGCAACGGCAAAGCACCCGGCAACGGCAAAGCACCCGGCAACGGCAAAGCACCCGGCAACGGCAAAGCACCCGGCAACGGCAAAGCACCCGGCAACGGCAAAGCACCCGGCAACGGCAAAGCACCCGGCAACGGCAAAGCACCCGGCAACGGCAAAGCACCCGGCAACGGCAAAGCACCCGGCAACGGCAAAGCACCCGGCAACGGCAAAGCACCCGGCAACGGCAAAGCACCCGGCAACGGCAAAGCACCCGGCAACGGCAAAGCACCCGGCAACGGCAAAGCACCCGGCAACGGCAAAGCACCCGGCAACGGCAAAGCACCCGGCAACGGCAAAGCACCCGGCAACGGCAAAGCACCCGGCAACGGCAAAGCACCCGGCACCAGUGAAAACAUUGUAAAUGGCCCCAAUUUCAUGGCUGCUUCUGGUGAUGAGGGUGAAGUGAGCGAGACCACUGACACAGUCUAG